AUGACCUUCAGUGCCGAACACCUCCAGCUUUGGCUGGGCUUGGUAGCCAUCUCUGGCUUCCUCUACACAACAUGCCUGGUCAUCUACCGACUCUUCUUCCACCCCCUGGCCAAGUACCCGGGCCCGUUCCUGGCCAAACUCACCGAUGCGUACAUGCUCUACUACGCCUGGAGGGGUGAUCGCCACCUCGAGUUCUGGCGGAUGCACGAGAAAUACGGCAAGUUUGUGCGCUUCGGACCCAACUCGCUUUCAAUCAAUUCCAACACGGCCCUGAAGGACAUCUACGGCUUCCGCGCCAACGUCCGCAAGGCCGAGUUCUACGACGCCUUUGUGCACCCGGCGCCCAACACCCACAACGCCCGUGACAAAGAUCUCCACGCCCGUAAGCGCCGUGUCCUCUCGCACGCCUUCUCGGACGGCGCCAUCAAGGAGGUUGAGCGGUACAUUCUGGCCAACAUCCGCACUUUCUGCGAGGCCAUCGGAGACUAUGGACGCGUGAUUCACGAGAAGAAGGGGUGGAGUUCGCCCAAGAACAUGUCUGACUGGUGCAACUGGCUUGCCAUGGACAUCCUGGGCGACCUCUGCUUUGGGAAGGCCUUCCACAUGCUCGACCGCCCGGACAACCGGUACGCCGUCGAUCUCGUUGGCGUCGCGGCCCAGAGGCAUCUUCUUUGCGGCACCAUGCCCAUCAUCAACAAGCUCAGCCUGGACAAGAUCCUCUUCCACAGGAUCGCGGCUGGCCGCGCGAGGUACAUGGCAUAUAGCCGGCAGCAACUCGCCGAGCGCACAGCGUUGGGUGACGAAACCGACCGCCGCGACUUCUUUUAUCAUCUUCUCAAGGCUCGCGACCCGGAAACCGGCCAGGGCUUCACCACGCCCGAACUCUGGGGCGAGUCCAAUCUCCUCAUCAUUGCGGGCUCGGACACGACCUCCACCGCCAUGGCCGCAACCCUCUUCUACCUCGUCCGCCACCCAGACGCUCUCGCCAAAGUCACGGCCGAGAUCCGCUCCCAGUUCGCGUCCCUCGAAGAUAUCCACCAGGGCGCGCAGCUCAACGCGUGCGUCUACCUGCGCGCUUGCAUCGACGAGGCCAUGCGCCUGUCGCCCUCAGUCGGCGGUCUGCUGCCUCGCGAGGUGCUGAAGGGGGGGAUGACCAUCGAUGGCGAGCACAUUCCUGCCGGCAUCAUCGUCGGCACCCCGCACUAUGCCAUCCAUCACAACCCGGCCUACUACCCGGAUCCGUUCGCGUACCGGCCCGAGCGGUGGAUCGUUGGCAGCGAGAAAGGGGACGGGGUUGACGUGAGCGACGAGGCCCAGGUGGCGCUCGCGCAGAGCGCUUUCUGCCCCUUCUCGAUCGGGCCGCGCGGGUGCAUCGGCAAGGGCCUGGCGUACGUCGAGAUGACUCUUACUUUGGCGAGGGUGUUGUUCUUGUAUGAUUUGCGCAAGGCGGUCGGCGUCGCUGACCCCGGGGAGGGCAAACCUGGUGCGGGCUACGGAAGGGACAGAGUUGGGGAGUUCCAGCUGGUGGAUACUUUUACGAGUCUGAAGGAUGGGCCGAUGGUCGAGUUCCGGAGACGGGAGUUGUGA